AUGCGUGGCUGCAGCCCGCUGUCCUCGCCAUGGACGGCCUACCUCUGCCUUCUCUCGGUUCUCUGUUUGCUGUUCACGCCGGCCGUGAUGGUCAAGGAGAACGAUUUCAAGAAGUGCCACCAGUCCGGCUUCUGUAAGCGCAACAGAGCCUACGCCGACCAUGCCGUUGCCCAGGGCGCGUCGUGGCAGCCGCCCUACGCCAUCACAUCCGAUAAAGUAGCCUUCAAAGACGGCCAGUUCCAGGCCAACAUCCUCAAGACUACCGACGACCAAGGGGCCGUCGUCAACCUCCCCGUCACCGUCUCCUUCUUGAAGUCGGGCGCCGCACGAGUCACCGUCGACGAGGAGAGACGCCAGAUGAAGGACAUCCAGCUGAGGCACGAGAGCGGUGCGAGGCGAGAGAGAUAUAACGAAGCCGAGAAGUGGGCCGUCGUGGGAGGCCUGGCUCUGGAUAAGGACGCAAAGGUCGCACACGAGAGCAAGACCGGCAUGACCAUCAAAUACGGACCCGACUUGUCCUUUGAGGCCGAGAUCAAAUACGAGCCGUUCGCCGUCGAUUUCAAGCGGGAUGGUACCUCGCACAUCAAGCUCAACGACCGCGGUCUGUUCAACAUGGAGCAUUGGAGGCCCAAGACCGAAAAGGCCGAACCCGAGAAGAAGGAAGGCGAGGAAGGCGACAAGCAAGAGGAGCCCAAGGAGGUCCCCGCCCACCUGGAUGAAAGCACCUGGUGGGACGAAUCGUUUGGCGGCAACACGGACACCAAACCUCGUGGCCCGGAGAGUGUCGCUCUGGAUAUCUCCUUCCAGGGCUACGAGCAUGUCUACGGCAUCCCGGAACACGCCGGGCCCUUGUCUCUGAAGGAGACUCGGGGUGGAGAGGGCAACUACAACGAGCCGUACAGGCUCUACAACGCCGACGUAUUCGAGUACAUCUUGGACAGCCCCAUGACGCUGUACGGAGCCAUCCCCUUCAUGCAGGCUCAGAGGAAGGACUCGACCGUCGGCGUCUUCUGGCUCAACGGGGCCGAGACUUGGAUCGACAUUGUCAAGGCCAAGGAGUCCAAGAACCCAUUGGCCCUUGGUCUCAGCACCAAGACCAACACCCACACCCACUGGAUUUCCGAGUCGGGCCUGUUGGAUGUCUUUGUCUUUUUGGGCCCCACCCCUCAGGAGAUCAGCAAGACCUACGGCGAACUGACCGGCACCACGGCCAUGCCUGCCGAGUUUGCGCUCGGCUAUCACCAAUGCCGAUGGAACUACGUCUCUGACGACGAUGUUAAGGAGGUCGAUCGCAAGAUGGACAAGUUCAAGAUCCCCUAUGACGUCAUUUGGCUCGACAUUGAAUACACCGACGAGAAGAAGUAUUUCACCUGGGAUCCCAACAUGUUCAAGGAUCCCAUCUCCAUGGGCAAGCAGCUGGACGAGCACGGAAGAAAGUUGGUGGCCAUCAUUGACCCGCACAUUAAGAAUACUGGCAGCUACCCCGUCAUUGACGAGCUCAAGUCGAAGGGCCUGGCUGUCAAGAACAACAAGGGCAGUUAUUUCGAUGGCUGGUGCUGGCCGGGCUCGUCCAUGUGGAUUGAUGCAUUCAAUCCUACCGCUAUCAAGUGGUGGACCUCUCUGUUCAAGUAUGAUUCCUUCAAGGGAACCAUGGAGAACACGUACAUCUGGAACGAUAUGAAUGAGCCGUCCGUUUUCAACGGCCCAGAAGUGACCAUGCCGAAGGACAAUCUGCACCACGAUGACUGGGAGCAUCGUGACCUUCACAACAUCAACGGCAUGACCUUCCACAACGCCACGUUCGAGGCUCUUCUUAGCCGCAAGAAGGGUGAGCUAAGGCGUCCGUUUGUGCUCACCAGGUCUUUCUAUGCCGGCUCGCAGCGUCUCGGUGCCAUGUGGACGGGAGAUAACCAGGCCAGUUGGGAACACCUGGGCGCCGCUGUGCCCAUGAUUCUUGCCCAGGGCAUCGCUGGCUUCCCAUUUGCAGGUGCUGAUGUCGGAGGCUUCUUCGGCAACCCGGAACUCGAGCUCCAGUCACGUUGGUACCAGGCUGGUGCUUUCUACCCCUUCUUCCGUGGCCAUGCUCACAUUGAUGCUCGCCGCCGUGAGCCCUACAUGGCCGCUGAGCCCUACCGUUCCAUCAUCACUUCCGCCCUGCGCCUCCGCUACAGUUUGAUGCCUUCGUGGUAUACCGCCUUCUUCCAUGCCAACCAAGACGGCAGCCCCAUCAUCCGCCCUAUGUACUGGACUCACCCAGGCGAGGAAAGUGGAUUUGCUGUCGAUGAUCAAUUCUUCGUCGGCUCGACUGGCCUCUUGGUUAAGCCCGUCGUGGAGAAGGAGAAGGUGGCUGCUGACGUCUACAUUCCUGAUGAUCAGGUGUAUUACGAUUACUUCACUUACAACAAGUUGAACACGCACAAGGGUAAAAUGGUGACAGUCGAUGCACCUCUCGAGUCAAUUCCCAUCUUGAUGCGUGGUGGACACAUCUUCCCUCGUCGCGACACUCCUCGACGGUCCACGCAGCUCAUGAAGUACGAUGACUACACCCUCGUUGUCGUUCUUGGCAAGGACCUGGCUGCCAAGGGUGAGCUCUACGUCGAUGACGGUGACAGCUUCGACUACCAGAAGGGCCAGUAUAUUCACCGGACAUUCGAGUUCCACCAGCUGCUGUUGACAUCCUCUCCUGCCUCAACUCACGAGGGUAAGGCUCUGCGUGAGGGUGACUGGAUGAAGCGCUUCCACGACGUAAGCUUUGACAAGAUUAUCAUCGUCGGCGCCCCAUCCUCGUGGGAAGGCAAGACCGAAGUUGAAGUCAAGUCCGAGGGCCAGACGCACAAGGUUCCUCUGCAGUUCACCAAGGCUGAAGGCGGCCGCGCCGCCUUUGCCACUGUAGGACGGCUAGGCGCCAGAGUUGGGGCGGAUUGGGAAAUUGACUUUGCCUAG